GUCCCGGGGCAGCAGGUCCUGUGGGAACUUCGCAGCGUCUCUCUAAACAAAGCCCUCGCUCGCUUUUUUUUUUUUUUUUUUAUUUUUGCUUCGGGCGGAUUUUUGUUGCCCUACGGGGAUAAAACCCUGCAGCCUUUACUUGAUCAAACCGUUCAUCCUCGUCCUACCCCAGCCAUGGUGAUGUUCAAGAAGGUGAAGAACUUCGCUGUGGCCUUCAGCGAGCCCGACAAGGUUUACUUCAGCGGGGACAAGGUGGCCGGGCGAGUGCUGGUGGAGGUGGCCGAGGUGACCCGUGUCACCGCCGUCAAGGUGUUGGCGUGUGGCGUGGCCAGGGUGACCUGGGCCAAGGGCCCGGCGCAGUGCCGGCAGGAGAUGGAGUACCUGCGCUUCGAGGACGUGCUGGCCCUCGAGGAGCAGCCCACAGACGAGGACGGCUCAGUCAUCCUGAGACCCGGCAACAAGUACGAGUACAAAUUCGGCUUCGAGCUGCCCCAGGGGCCGCUGGGCACCACGUUCAAGGGCAAGUAUGGCUCUGUGGAUUACUGGGUGCAGGCGUCGCUGGAGCGCCCGGCCUGCCCCACUCAGCAGAUCAAGAAACGCUUCGAGGUGAUGGAUCCUGUGGAUGUGAACACCCCAGAAUUGCUGUCUCCAGUUGCAGCCAAAAAGGAGAAGAAAGUGUCGUGCAUGUUCAUCCCAGACGGACGCGUGUCUGUCAGCGCCCAGAUCGACAGGAAGGGCUUCUGUGAAGGUGACGAGAUCUGCAUCAACGCCGACUUUGAGAACACCUGCUCGCGCAUCGUGGUGCCCAAGGCAGCCAUCGUGGCCAAGCACACCUACCUGGCCAACGGGCAGACCAAGGUGUUCUCCCAAAAACUCUCCUGCGUUCGUGGCAACCACAUCAUCUCUGGCACCUCCGAGUCGUGGCGUGGCAAAACCAUCCGUGUGAGGAAGCUCAAACCUUCCAUCCUGGGCUGCAACAUCCUGAGAGUGGAGUAUUUCCUGCAGAUUUAUGUCAGCGUGCCAGGCUCCAAGAAAAUCAUCCUGGAGCUGCCUCUGGUCAUCGGGAGCCGCUCUGGCAUCGGCAGCCGCAGCUCCAGCAUGGCCAGUCAGACCAGUUCUGAGAUGAGCUGGGUGGACCUGAACCUCCCAGAUGCUCCCGAGGCUCCCCCGUGCUACCUGGACAUCGUUCCCGAGGAUCACCGGCUGGAAAGCCCCACCACGCCCCUGCUGGACGAUCCCGAUGGCUUUGACAGCCCCAUCUUCAUGUACGCGCCCGAGUUCAAGUUCAUGCCUCCCCCCACCUACACGGAGGUGAGCACGGCAGCGGCGCCAGGGGAGGGACCAGGUGGAGCCGGGCUCACCUGCCCGCGUUCCUCACCCUCCUCCUGCUCCCAGGUGGAUCCCUGCGUGUCCAACAACACCAACAACAACAACAUCCAGUGAGCUCCACGCUCGCGGGGAUCUGGACUCGUAACCUGGAGAGAGGGGGAAAAAGAAAUGCCACAUUCCUGAGGAGCUGCUGCGUUCCCGAGGAAUUCCUGCAUCCCCAGGAACUGCUGCACCGCCGAGGAAUCGCUGCAGCCUCAGGAAUCGCUGCAUCGCCGAGGAAUUCCUGCAUUCCUCACCUCAAACCUCGAGGGGGAAAAAAAAACCCAAAAAAUCCCUCAAGGACUGUGGGGAAAAACAAAGCAGAUCCAGCUGGGAAACCUCGGCUGGCGUGGUGCUUGCCCUGUCGCGACACGGGACAGGCAGGGAGUUGUGGGUUUUAAUUAAUUCCAUCUUAAUUUCGUGACUCUGGGCGCUCCCGCCGAGGGAGAGAAGGGGGCGCUGUGACAUUGUGACAUCGGCCAUCCGUCCUGUCGCGACACCAAGUUGGUGUCACGACCUUUUGUACUCUGGUUUUUUGUACAUAGCGUUCCGGGGGG